AUGUCGUCCGAGAAAAACGAGUAUGAUGCGGAGCUUGCUCUCAGCAGCUCAAUCAAGAAAGAGGAGGACGACUCCAACGUGCCUAUCCAGGAAGAUGCCGUUUUCGGUGACAUUACGGAAAAAGGCCCAAACUAUCGCAAUGUGGGCUGGCUGGGCACGGUGGCUCUCAUGAUGAAGACGCAGGUCGGGUUGGGCGUCUUGUCCAUCCCGUCUGUUUUCGACACGCUCGGCCUUAUCCCCGGAGUCAUCUGCUUGAUUGCCAUUGGCAUCAUCACGACCUGGUCGGGUUACAUGGUCGGUGUCUUCAAGCUGAGUCACGGCUCGGUCUACAGCAUUGACGACGUCGGCCAAUUGCUGUUUGGCCGGGUGGGUCGUGAGGUGUUUGCGAUUGCAUUCGCGCUGUACUGGAUCUGUUGCGCCGGCUCCGGCAUGCUGAGCAUCUCGAUCGGCCUGAACGCCCUCUCCACCCACUCUGUCUGCACUGCCGUCUUCGUCGCGGUUGGAGCCAUCAUCGGAUGGGCUUGUGGCAGCAUCCAAACACUCGGACGCAUCACCUGGCUCGCAUGGGUUGGUCUGGCCGGCAUCGUAACCUCGAUUCUCGCCCUCACCAUCGCCGUCGGAGUCCAGGACCGGCCUGAUGCCGCCCCUCAAGCGGGCGUCUGGCACUCGGACUACAAGCUCAUUGGCAGCCCGACCUUCGCCGAAGCCGCGGCGGCGCUGGCUUCACUCGUCUUCGCCUACGCGGGCACGCCGGCCUUCUUCUCCAUCGCGUCCGAGAUGCGCGAGCCGCGGCACUACACGCGGUCGCUGAUGAUCUGCCAGUGCUGCGUGACGGCCAUCUACGUGGCCAUCGGCGUCGUUGUCUACUACUACUGCGGAUCCUACGUCGCGUCGCCGGCGCUGGGGUCGGCCGGCGUGGUCAUGAAGAAGGUCUGCUACGGGCUCGCCCUGCCCGGCCUCAUCGUCACCACGACGCUCAUGACGCACUACCCGGCCAAGUACGCCUUCGUCCGCAUCCUGCGCGGGUCCCACCACCUGGCUUCCAACUCGGUCGUGCACUGGACCACCUGGCUCGGCUGCACCGGGGCCACGGCCGUCACGGCGUACGUCAUCGCCAGCGCGGUGCCCGUCUUCGACGGCCUCGUCUCGCUGGUCGGCGCCCUGCUCGGAACGAUGAUGAGUAUCCAGCCCAUGGGCUGCAUGUGGCUGCACGACAACUGGGGUGCGGGGAAGAUCAGGCUCAACCGCACGCCCAAGUGGACGGCCAUGGUGUGUUGGUGCGUCUUCGUCAUUGCGGCGGGCACGUUCCUCAUGAUUGCUGGCACAUACGGCGCGAUUGUGGGCAUCAUGGCGGACUACAAGGCGCAAGGAGGCUCGGCGGCGUGGUCGUGCGCCGACAACUCGAACUCGACGUAG